AAUGAGAACACAGCUGUUAAAUGUAAACAAGGUUUCAAAAUGCCGACUUUUGCCAACUUUAACGUUAAAACCACAAUUGACUGCAAACAAGGAGCUGUCCGAGCCGUACGGUACAACGUGGACGGUAGUUACUGCUUGAGUUGUGGGUCUGACAAAAAGAUAAAACUUUGGAAUCCGAUCUCAGGACUGCUCCUGAAAACUUACGGCGGCCAUGCCGACGAAGUAACGGACGUGGCAGGUAGCUGUGAUAGCAGUUACAUUGUUUCCUCCAGUUUGGACAAGAGCGUCAUCUACUGGGACGUGUCAACGGGAACUCCGGUACGUCGUCUGCGUAGCCAUGCAGGUGGAGUGCGAUGUGUGUGCUUCAACGAGGACUCUUCGGUGGCCAUAUCCGGAGGCAGGGACAAUGCCGUUAUGUGUUGGGACAUUCGCACCCGCCGUCUAGAUCCUGUACAAGUGAUGAAGGAGGCGCGGGACUGCAUCACGACAGUUCUGACCAACGAAAACAGAAUCUAUGCCGCCUCCCUGGACGGCUGUGUGCGAACCUACGACAUUAGGGUGGGUGAACUGACCUGUGACAAAGUGGGAGAGCCCAUCACCUAUUUGGCCCAGACGAGAGAUGAGCAAUGUCUGGUGGCCGGCUGUCAGGAUGGAGUGGUACGAUUACUGGACUGUGAGACCGGCGGCCUACUCUUAGAGUACAAGGGCCAUCAAGCGGACGACUAUCACAUUGAGUGUGGCAUUCUGGCAAACGAUGCUCACAUAUUGUCCGGCUCUGGGAACGGACAUGCCUUUGUCUGGGAUCUCCUCGAGGGAAAAGUUCUUCAGCGGAUUCGCAUAAGCGACAACGGAGGAGUAGUCCACUCAUUGGCCACUCAUCCGAAGCGUCAGGAGAUGUUGUUUGCCAGGCGCCGGGAUAUGUAUGUCUUUUCCGCCGACUUGCAGAUCGAAGAGGAGCAAUUAUAGAUGCUACACACAUUGUAGACUAUAAAUUAGGAAGUAAUGUAGGUCUUAAGGAGAAACAAUAUAAGGAGUGAAUAUUAAAAUCAUUAGCUUAGACAAUCCUA